AUGCACGUUUACCGGCUGGCUGAGUACAUAAAUAUCUUUGUCAUCAUGCGAGCAGCACAUGACAUUCUCGAUUUCGACAUGGGACAGGUGGAAGAAUUGGCAGAAGGUGAUGAUAUCAUAUUGGAUUCUUUAACUGCCGUGCCUGCCGAUCAGUACCAGGCGCUUGUCAAACGUCUUCAACGAGACGAAGAAUUGAUCAAGCAGCUGAAACAUAUUGUGAAGGCUCAGCACGGCAAAAUCGAGGAGUUUCGCGACAUGCUCGAAAUCACGAGCAUCGCGAAAAGCCCAUUGAUAUCUGCUUAUGAAGCAGAAGAUCUCAAAGUUGCAUUGGAGAACAACCAAGACCUUCAUCGCAAGAUACAUCAGCUACAGGCUGAAAUGGCCAAGCUGCGAUCGGAGAACAGCUCCCUAAAGAAGGUCAACCGGCGCUUGAAGGGUCUUCUGGAAGGCAGCGAGCCUGAGCCCUCGAGGCAGCCGGAAGCUCUCGUGCAGCUGGCUGCAACGGCGCCGCCGCCGGGAGAAUGGCCAAGAUUUCCACGAAGUCCAGCGAAUGUGCAGUCUGGAAGGCAUGAGCUGCUGGCCAGAAUGCCGCUGACCCCGCUGACUUGCAGAGGACGUUUCAACCAUGCCAUGAGCUCGGAUCAGAGAGAUCCGGAAGCUUCCUCAUCGCAGAGUCCUCCCAGAAGGCAAGAAGAUCAGGCGCGAAAAGCAAAGCCCCCGUUUUCAAGGGUGUCGCAGUUGAUCAAUUCCAUGAACCUGUUUUGGCGCGACAUUGAAUCGUCUUUGACGUGCCUACGAGCUUUGGCCGAUGUUUCCGCUCGCAUGCUGGUCGAUCGCCGUGUGUCCAACAUUACGGUAUUUAUCGUAGACCCGUGGUUGAGGAAGGCCGUGACUUCCGGGAACUACUCGAAGACCGAGCAGCUCACGAUCUUCUACCUCGGGCAGGGAAAGACGGAGCUGCAGGCCUUGCUUCGACUUGAGGAGAGCAAGGUGUGUCCGCCCGUCUUUACCGACCUUCAGGCAUUGCCUUUUCGGUCGAGAGUCUGUGCCGCUCUGCCAGUUCUGACCCCAAAUCGUUCGCGGGUGUGGGCAGUCUUGCAGGUUCUCCUGGAGGACUCUCGUGCAUCCGACAAUGAGGCAGGCUUUGUGCCCCGAGUGCUUCAAGACGCUGGUGUAUCCCAGGAAAGUACCCCGAGUCAUUCUACGUUCACGGACGCUCAUGUCAGUUACCUGCAGCUCCUGUGCAGUUUCAUCGGCGGUGUUCUUCUGUACGUGGAGCGCCUCGAACAGAGGGCGAAACUCGUGGACCGCACUCGCCACAUCAUGGAAGCGGCUAUCGAUGUCAACAAGGCCAAAACUCUUGCCGACUUCGAGCAACGGGUCAAGCACUUGUUCUCUGGUUUCUUCUGCGUGAACACGAUUCGAGUGCUGUUUUUUGAUCCCGACUCGAAGAGCCUCCUCAUCUCAUCGUCUCAGAUGCGCAAGAAGGGAGCAACGACCAUCAGCUUGACAAGGGGCAUCCUGGGGCAAUGUGCACAAAAACAGCAGGUUAUCCAUAUCCCGGACAUUCACCAGAAUCCCUUUGUCGAGCCCGUGUCCGAUGGGCUACAGCGAAAUGGCAAACCAGUCAGCAGCCAUGCUGCGAUGCUAGUUGGACCCAUGCUCGUGGAGUCUUCGCGUGGAGAUGACAAGUGGGGU